GUGAAUUCAGCUUUCUAGAACUUCCCAUCGGAGAGCGGCAAUCAGGGCUUUGGCCGGAUAGCCGAGAGGACCAGGGAAUCCCAGAUAAAAGCAGAAUGACAAAGGCAAAAGUUGACAUCACUUUGAAAAAGUUGCAAGGAUUACACCGUCACCGUCCGCCAGAACCAUGUGGGUGAACAAGCUCGUGGCCAUUAGCCUCCUGAUUGUUGUCAUAGCGGCUGAGGAAAAGCUGAGUGAACACGCCGCUGCCCUGGCAGACAGCAGCGUCAAGCUGGGCCUGAACCUCUAUCUCACCAUGGCCAAGGACAAGGGCUCCGAGAAUAUCCUGAUCUCCCCUGUGGUGGUCGCCUCUUCCCUCGGGCUGGUGUCACUCGGCGCCAAGGACCCAACCGCCAGCGAGGCCAAGGCGCUGCUUGACAUGAGCAAGGUCCAAGACGACAAGCUCCACUCCGCACUAUCCCAGCUGCUGGUCGAAGUCAGCAAUUCCACAGCGCGCAACGUGACUUGGAGGAUGGGUAGCCGGCUGUAUGGGCCGACCUCGGUCAACUUCGCCGAGGAUUUUGUGAAGAAGAGCAAGAAGCACUACAACUACGAGCCUUCCAAGAUCAACUUCAGGGACAAGAAGGGUGCUCUGAAGUCCAUCAAUGAGUGGGCAGCAGAAACCACCGAUGGCAAGCUUCCCGAGGUCACCAAAGACCUGUCGAAAACUGAUGGAGCCAUGAUCAUCAAUGCAAUGUUCUUCAAACCUCACUGGGAUGAAAGAUUCCACCACAAGAUGGUAGACCAGCGUAGUUUCAUGGUGAGCCGCUCCUUAACAGUUGGGAUCGACAUGAUGCAUCGUACAGGUCUUUAUAACUUCCAUAAGGAUGAAAGCAACCAGUUGAACAUUCUGGAGAUGCCUCUAGCCCACCAGUUAUCCAGCAUGGUCUUCAUCAUGCCCUACCACCUGCAACCUCUGGACAAACUAGAGAAAUUGCUGACCAAGGAACAGAUCAGUACCUGGCUGGGCAAGCUUCAGAAACAGGCCGUGGCCAUUUCCUUGCCAAAGGUCAAGCUGGGGGUUAGUCACGAGCUGCAGAAACAUCUGGCCAGCAUUGGUUUGACCACAGCGGUUGACAAAAGCAAAGCAGACUUGUCCAAAAUUUCCGGGAAGAAGGACCUGUACCUGGCCAAUGUUGUCCAUGCGGCUGCCCUGGAAUUGAGCACUGAUGGGAACCCAUACGAUGCCUUCAUCUAUGGGCGAGAGGACCUGAAGAAUCCCGAAAUCUUCUACGCCGAUCACCCAUUCUUCUUCUUGGUCAAGGACAAAAAGACUAACUCAAUCCUGUUCAUCGGGCGGCUAGUGAAGCCUGAGGGUAGCAAAAUGCAUGACGAAUUGUAGCCUCAGUUCAGAUUCAGUACUUAAGACGCAGAUGGUGUGGUUGAUGCUCAAAAUGCAACAUAUUUUAAAAGUUUUUUUUUUAAAUGUCAACUAUUCUGCCUUAGCUGUUUGACCUCCUAACCUUUGGGUUAGAGUGUUAGUUGUUUGAGAAUGACCAUCUCCAACCCCAACUCAAUAGGAUAUUACAGGCCAGUUAACUAAAAGCAGCUGAGGCUUCCAGCUCCUCUCUGGUUUCACAGCGCAUUUUCCACUCCAACCCUAUUACUGCUUCCACCGCUAAACUGCCCAUAAAAUCAUUAACAAGAAUGGGAUUGAAGACCAAAUAGAACCAAGUCAUAGCAGCACAGGAACAGGCCAUUCAGCCCAGCUGGCCUCUGCCAGUAUUUAUGCUCCUCACUAGCCUCCUCCUUGUUUAACCCAUCCCUGUCACCAUAUUCUUCUGUUCCUUCCUCCCUCAUGUGUAUAUCUAGCUUUACCUCAUAUGCUCCACCUGGGAAUGCGUUCCACACUCUCACCAUUUCCAGGGAGAAGAAGUUUCUCCUGAAUCCCCGAUGAGUUUACUGUCCUAUAUUGUUUUUAUAAAACAUGUCGACCUCCUCUCGAAAAGCCUGAUUUGAAAUAUUUUGAUUUUAACCUCAGCUUGUUUUUUUUAUAUGCGGAAUAUACUCCGAGAGUUCCAAAUUCCAGCGGAGUGGUGGGAAAGUGGAACAGUUUGAACGCCACAAGCUUCGUCCUCCGUGGAUCUGACGUGAGGGUUUUCAUACUCAGUCCACUGAGGCACAAUAAGCACCCAGCAGCAGGAUUCUGAACUCCGCCUUGUCCUCAGGGAGCAAUUUAUACUUGAUAAACUUGAUGGAGCACGAGCGACCAGUCUAUUCACAAAGAUAUCUGGGGCAACUCUAUAUCACUGAGUCAGCCUACAUGCACCACUUGGUUUAUGUUACUUAGAAUCUGGCUAGGCCAGCAUUAUAUCUAUUGCCCUUGUUCAGGGGGUAUUUUAGAGUCAACGAGAUUGUUGUGGGGCUGGUAAGGAGAGUAAAUUUCCUUCCCUAAAGGCCAUUAGUGAACCAAUGGGUUUUUAAUGACAAUCAGCAUCAGACUUUUAACUCCAGGUUUUUUUUAAUCACCAUCUGCUAUGGUGGGAUUCAAACCUGGGCCCCCAAAGCAUUACACUGCGUCUCUGGCACCAGUGACAAUACCACUAUGCCACCACCUUGUCUCACCCUAUCAGCUUGAGUCCUUUCUCCUUCAUGUGUUUAUCUAACCUCCCCUUAAAUGCACCUUCGCUAUUCACUUCAGCAACUCCAUGAGGUUGAAAGUUCCACAUUCCAGGCAGAAUCGUCCCAGACUUGCACUGAAGUACAGCACUCAGUUCUUCCAGCCUAGGACAGCAGCAUUGAAGACAUGGCCCUGAAAGGCAAGAAGGCAGCCUUUGAGCACCAUUUGGACACUGUGGAGUUUGUGAUGUCCUCCACCUCUGCUCUGCCCACAGAAAGGGCAGCUACA